UCAAAAACCCAAAUUAUAAUCUUAAUUAGUGAGACCCCCCUAAACAACUUAAAAUACAUGUUUUACCCUUUUAAUUCUUCAAACCCUAGUUUAUCUCCCACCCACUCAUCAGCCGUUACAUCUCUCCUCCCUCUCUCUUCUUCUCUCUCGAUCCACCACACCCAUACGACCACCUCUGCUCCUCUCCCAAUCUGCGCCGCCCACAGCCGCUGCUCCCUCCACCGUCUUCCGCCGACGUUGUUUCCUCCGCCGUCGUCCGCCGCUACUGCUCUCUCCGCCGUCGCUGCUCCCGACGCUGCUCCCGAUGCUGCUUCCAACGCCGCUGCUCCCGACGCUGCCGAAGCCGCUGCUCCCCGCCGCCGCAGCCGCUGCUCUCCGCCGCCGUUUGUAUAUAUCUGGUCUUGGUGUUCGAACAACUUCUAUGCAAUAAUUUUUGCCGAGAGGACAUGGUGCAGUUCUUUUGCAAUCGAUAGAUUGAAAUUGUUGUUGUGUUGAAAAGUAAGAUUUGAAGCUAUAAAUACAAACUACACUAUAUCUGACUAUAAGUCACAUGUGGUCAUAUACAUGUAGUCAUAUAUAGUCACAUAGUAGUCAUAUAUAGUCACGUGUAGUCAUAUACAUG